AUGGGCUAUGCCACAGGCUAUACCACAGGCUGUGCCACGGGCUAUACCACAGGCUGUGCCACGGGCAAUGCCACGGGCUAUACCACAGACUGUGCCACGGGCUAUACCACAGGCUGUGCCACAGGCUAUGCGAUGGGCUAUGCCACGGGCUAUACCACAGGCUGUGCCACAGGCUACGCGAUGGGCUAUACCACAGGCUGUGCCAUGGGCUAUGCGAUGGGCUAUACCACAGGCUGUGCCACGGGCUAUGCCACGGGCUAUACCACAGGCUGUGCCACGGGUUAUGCCAUGGGCUAUGCCACAGGCUGUGCCACGGGCUACGCGAUGGGCUAUACCACAGGCUGUGCCACGGGCUACGCGAUGGGCUAUGCCAUAAGCUAUGCCAUGGGCUAUGCCACAGGCUAUGCCACAGGCCUGGGCCUGCUCCGGGCAAGCAAUCCCUCCUACAAUAGCUAA